UUUGAUGAGGACGAGUCCUCAAAACAAACACAAUUCAUGGUAUCCAGUGGCCGUUCUACUCCUGGAAUUUCGCACCUAUCGGCAUCACGACAUGGUAUCGUAAUAGAUCCAGAACUCACCCUUCCUCAGCAUGCGCAACUACAUGCAGUCGACCCCUACGCAGUGAACAUGACUUGGCAGCCUCCAGCUAAACCUUACAACCCCCUUACUGGCUACACUAUCGAAUGGAUGCUUGAGGAUUAUUGGCAGGAGAGGUUGCUGCCUCCAUCACGGCUCUUUUACACUUCCUCUCGACUUACACCAGGCCAGUCCAUUUCGGCUGCAGUUCGUGCACACAAUCUCCCCAACACUUCCAUGAUAUUCGAUUACAUCGCGGAGAAGAAGACGAGUAGUGAGGAACAUGGUCAGUGGUGUAGACUCUCCUCCCCACUACCAACUGAACGGAUGCUCGGUGGUGGCAAAGGAGACUGCGCGCUGUCAAUGGGCAACGUAACCUGGUGGGUCAAUGUGAGCAAGGCUUAA